GUUACCUACUUUGCAAAUAUGGCGUAGAGUUGUACAAAAUGCAGUGGGAGAUAUUUGUUAAAACUUGUCAAUUCUGAAAUUUAAUAAAAAGACAUGUAUCUAGCAUAAGACACUUUCAAUCGACCAUAGUGUGCUAGACCGAGUAUUAAUAGUGAAAUGUGAAUUUUACGAAAUAUACCUACUGUGUGGACCCCGCUUUACAUCUUGAAGUCUCAGUAAAGGCACAAGAUUUCUCUACUCACUAAAAGCAAGCAGGUUGUGUAAUAUUUUAACGUCCUUUCCGAAAUAUAAACAGACAGCAAAAUGGGAAAACAAAAUAGUAAAUUAAAACCAGAGGUUUUGGAAGAUCUGAAGCAGAAUACAGAGUUCUCAGAUGCUGAGAUACAAGAAUGGUACAAAGGCUUCCUAAAAGAUUGCCCCAGUGGACAUUUGUCUGUAGAAGAAUUUAAGAAAAUAUACGGGAACUUUUUCCCAUAUGGCGACGCUAGUAAGUUCGCGGAGCACGUGUUCCGGACAUUUGAUGCUAACGGAGAUGGCACGAUAGACUUUCGGGAGUUCCUGUGUGCGCUGAGCGUGACGUCACGCGGCAAGCUGGAACAGAAACUCAAGUGGGCAUUCUCCAUGUACGACCUCGAUGGCAACGGGUACAUCUCCCGGCAGGAGAUGCUCGAGAUUGUCACUGCAAUUUACAAAAUGGUGGGGUCUGUUAUGAAGAUGCCCGAGGACGAGUCGACGCCAGAGAAGCGGACCGACAAAAUAUUCCGACAAAUGGACAGAAACAAAGACGGGAAACUUUCCCUCGAGGAGUUCAUAGAGGGCGCCAAGAGCGACCCGUCCAUCGUACGGCUGCUGCAGUGCGACCCGCAAUCACAGUGAUACCUUAAAUAUUAAUCUUAGUACUCAAUGAGUACCACUCAGUUUAUCCACACUUAUAUAAAACUGUUGUAAAAUAUCACCCUUAUUACAAUGCUUGUAAGAGCUAGUGCGCGUCGUAAAGCGUUGGUUACACAUUAAAUCAGUUUGUUGUCCUGUUGCUUGGCUGUUCUCUCCUCUCACUGUUAUUAUGGAUUUCAAAUAUAAUAUUAUAAUAUUAGAGAUUGUUAAAAAUAUUAAUAGAUUUAUACUCUGUGAUUCUUGUUCACACAACUACAAAGACAAACGAAGACCCGAUGUUGAGAGAUUACAAAUUGGGAUAUUGAGGAAGCAUACUUAUGACAGAGUACCUUACUAUCCCGCCAUGGUUGUGACAAGAAAUUUACAGAAAGUACGACUUAUUAAAUGAGAUAUGUAUUUACAAAAGCAGAGUAGAACAUUAGUACAAAAAUUAGAGUAAACGUUGAAAUAAAUUAUACUAUUUAUAUAGCAUCUGUUCAAGAGAAGAGAUGCUGGUAGUUAUGAACAAAUCGAAGGAACGCAGCAAUAAUUCCAAAGAUAGUAGCAUAUAUUACGGUAAGAUAGGUCUAUGAAGAAAUCACGAAUAUUUUAUAUGAUGUAGUAGGAUAACGAUCUAUUUACAAAGUCAGUAAUUAAUGAGGCAAGGCAACGUCACGACCACUCUAAAAGACAGUAAAUAUAUUGGUUGACCUUGAAGGUUUCAUAUUUCUAUUGCUACAACAACCAAACAGCAGGACAAGUUAUGUGCGACUGUAAUGUGUAUAGUGUUCAAAGAUUUUUCCCUAUAAUACUAGUUAGGUUAAUACACAUUAUCUGCCCACAAACGUUUUGCGGCUUUUUCGUAUAAGCGGGCUCGCGAGGGACUACUAAUGUCGGGCACUUCACGUUCGAUGACCGAACGGAGAACUUGCGGCGACACCUCGAUGAAGCUACUUGCAUAGCAUACCUAGCGCUUCCUCUCCAUUACCUCAAAUAUAUUUGCAGUACUAUUGAUGCUAACUGUAUCCAGUCAUUGUAUUUAUACAACAUGGAUACACUAAAAUGACAAAAUAUCGUUACAAACGAUAUUGAAAUAAAAUUGACGUAUAUCGUAAAUCGCAUCACUAUAUCUCACUUGCCCGCUUAUAUCGCGUAUAAAUUUUAUCCAAGUAUCUCCCUAUAUUAUCGAAAAUAAUUUAUUAUAUCUACAAAUAUUGAAUGUUGCAACAAUCACUACGUGGGUGUAAUAUGAAAUUUUCGGAGUUUAUUAAAUCUUAAUGAUUCAAUUUAACUUUAAUGCCACAAUUGACUUUAUAUUUGAAAUUAAUGUCUUUAAAUACAUCUGGUAAACAAUAUUCUAAAGUCUUUUUUGACAGAGAAUGUACCUAUAACCGUAUCUAGUUGAAAUAUGAUGUAGAUAACUGAUGUUUGUUAAAAAUAAUUUGACGUUCUUGAGUCAAACCUUGAGGAUAUAAUGCGGGAGUAGCUGGUUACGCGCAGGGUACAGGAAACACAGUAUUUAAUGUUUAAAUUUGUAUAAGUUAAACGCUGUUGUAAUUGCGCAUCAAUGACAUUGAUUAUUUAGAUCAAAUUAGUUUGAGUUGAGCGCGAAUGUGGCCUUAGGACAGGAUACAAAGCUCUGUACCGCUGCACGUAUGCAGCUACGUCGCAUAGCGUUUGGCAGUAAGGUUGUAUGGCUGUCUUCUCACUGCUAGCGCAUACGAUGACGCUUAACUUGGCCUGAUAACUUGUGAAGAAUGAUAGUCAGUUGCUGAUCUGAGAAUAUAUACUACGAUCACAAAUUAAACGUUAAACACAAAAGGUCUUCUAUGCAAUAUCUGUAGCUUGACAUCUUGUCUUUGUAGGGAGCAAUGAAGUGGUGGCCUACCGAGUAUGUUUUCUCAUAUCUGCACCUGUUUGUGCAGAUACAAUGCAUGCCUUAAUAUAUUCUAAAUCUAAUAAUUUUAUUUUAUAGUGAGCAACUAUGCUAGCAUUGAAAAGACAGCGUUUUAUAGCACAAUUUUAGGAAGACAUUUACGCAACAAUCGACACAGACAAGUACGAUAAUAUACAGUUAUUAUUAAUUUAUAUUGUAAUGAAUAUUCAUGCUGGUUUAUUCGCGUAGCUGAUAUUAUUAAGGUUUAGUUUUAAUGAAUGAAGAAAUAUGAAAAUUCAUAACUAUUGUCCCGAGUCAGCCUAAGUAUUAUUAUUAUUCAAUUAUUAUGAAGCAAAAUGAAGUGUAGAUAAAGAUCUUUCUUAUUCGCAUUUUCUGUUUAAAGGCAACGGCAGGGGCAUUUGUGUCACUUUCAUGUAACUUAGUAAGUGGACCGUCCACGCUGUCGUUGCAUGAAAUUGAGAUAAAUAAGCAAUCGAUAAAUUUCAAAGUUUGUAGCAACCAUAAUGUUUACAUUAAAAUAUAGGAAAUAUUGUAUUCUGUUCAAGAGGAAUCUAUUGAUGAAGGUAUUGUGGCAAGACUGCUAUUACUUGUUAUGAUAUAUAGUAGAUAUAUAUUAGAGGCUCCGCCCCCGUUAGCUGCGGUCUUUCUACGAAAGCCCAGAACCAAAAGCUCGGUGACGCUUCGACUGAAAAAACUAAUUCGUUUGCGCAGUCAGAGCAUCUGCAGACGAACGCUCCGCCGCUGCGAUACCGCCUUUAUGUUAAAUGUUGUAUAAAGUAUAUAAAUGUAGAAGUUAAAGAGAAUAUUGAGAAUAGACUUGUCUAAAGCAAUAUACCAGACUGAAUAUACAAAUGGAUGACAUGUCCAAACAAAUUUCGUCGUGGAUAAAUUGCGCAACACUGUUGUCAUCAUUCUAAUUACAAGUAAAAGCAAUAUAGUCCUCUAAGAUAAGGUUUAUGUUUGCAGAUAGUGUGCGCAAUUUAUUUAUUCGUCCAGUGCUUCAGGCAAGCCGUCAUACCAUGAUACGCCGAUGUACCUGCACCGUGCGGGUACCCCUGCUGAAUGUGAAACCUCGUCUUCCAGACAAACGAAUCGUUGUCGUGUCAAAUCUCAGCGGUGGCGCAGUUCGUCUGGAACAUGCCCAAUAUUAACGCAUUAUUGGUAUACACUUAUUCGUAGUUAUGGACUCUGUAAUUUUAUAAUAGGAAUACAUAUUCAAAUAAAUAUUAAAGUUAUUUAAAGUAUUUACCACACAUCACAAAUGUUAUUAUGAAUUAUAAUGUUAUGCAAGCGCUAACCUAAGGAAUGUGGCUUAGAUUAGCGCUUGUUCUCUGCCCCUGUAUCACACUAGUUGAGUUAAUGAUUUUACAAUGUAUGCAAUUUUGUUCUUAAUGGUCUAUGUAGUUCUUAUAACAACGGUCGAUGUUUGCUUGAAUAUCUCGAGGCUUUAGAUGGCCAUAAUCUCAGUUUGAAUAUCAGUGGUUAUACAGUAUUGUUUAUAAUUAUAGCGGCAGUGUGCGUCGUGUGUUUUGUUAUAAUAACUACAUACAUAUAGUAAGCCACACAAUACACGAUGUAUGUAAUGUAUUUUUCUUUUAUAUAAUUAGAUUUUUGCAAUGUAUCGCCAUUUAACUAACGCAUAUGUUUGGCUGUAGUAUUAUUUGUUUUACUAAACACAACUAACACUUACUUUUACACGCUUGUUUAUUAUUUAUUUAGAAAGCUUUACAUAGUUGUAUGACGGAUCAAUUCUCAUUUUAUAUAUUAUAUAACGCAACUUUAUUUGACCGACAUGUUUUUUUGCUUGUCUAGCUAGCUAGUUUAUUGAACGGAAUAUCGAAUCAAAUGCACAAUUAUUUUGUUUUCGCACAAUAACAGCAUAAUGUACGUAUCAAUAUAUAAUUGUUAUUAAUGUGUAUUUAUUGUGGAAUUGAUGACAUAUUGGAACCUUUUGAGUGUUCGUGUGUUCGUACCUUUUCACAUGAAUAUAUUCACCAACUCGCCAGUGCUUAUGAUGUAUUAUAACAUAUUUUAUAUUAUACAAUAUAUUAUAGUAUUUACUGUUUGUCGUUCAACACUUAGAGUUUAUGUUAUAUCGCGUGAAAUGUACCAUGUUGACUUACACUACACAGAUUACAUGUUAUAUCCUAAAGUCUUCUAAUGUUAUAUGAAACAGUGUCUGAAACUUUACAAAUAUUAUAAUGUCGUGUACUUUUUAUAUUCUCAGUAAGUUUACAUAUCUGUUAUAUAAAAUCGAUGUUCAAUUAAGUGUCGUAGUGUAAAAGAUCCGUAAAAUAUAUCGAACCUGGACAAAUAAAAGAAAAUAAUAUUUUUAAUAUAUAAUUUUUUGAUUGUGUACAGAUUAUUAGGUGUUCGGUCGAAUUUUAUAUCUGUGUCAUUUUUGGUAAUAAGAUAAUUAAAUUCUAAACAUGAACGGUAUGUACAUCAUCCUGAAUGAAGCCUUUUAUUCUAAGUGUUUAAAAUGGAAUUAACGUUGUAUUUUGAAUUAGAAUUUAGCAAAUAGAUGUUUAUAAGAGUUAUUUAUAAUAUUCCUUACUUCUCUACUCAGACACCAGACGUUUCUAUGCAUUUCUCGUUUUCUCUAUAUACUUCCUGACUGUGCAGUUGAUUCUAUAAUCAGUUUCAUAUUUCGGUCUGAAUUUGCUUUAAACAUACACGAUGAGGUGAUUUGCUAAACAUCAACAAAAACCUUAAAAUUGGCACAAUGGUUGUUUUAGACAGGAUAUGAAAGAGCGAUGGUAAGCCUUGCUCUCUAAAAAUUAGACAAUGACAUGAUUGUAUUGACAAGUAUGGACGCUAUGUGUUGGACACAACCUUGUAAUAUGUGAGCAAAUCACCUGAUACAAAUUACCUUAGGUAGAUAGGUUGUAUACCCAAUAUUAGAUAGGAUUCAGUUCAAUGCGCUAUAUGCCCCGCGUCCUAGUCAUUAUAGCUGAUUUUCUGAAUUCCGCUGACGAUUGUUUUAUGGUCUUCCAGUAUUUUAAGCAGUAGACGACUGAACUACGUAACGUAGUUAUACUUGAAUUUUAUUAAAAGUCAUUUAGUUCAGGUUUUAUUCCUGAUAGUUCACAACAUACCUUAGUCGAUUUAGCACCGCUCUAGUUUAUUGCUAGCAUUAAAUGGGUGCUAAUUUAUACAUACAUUACGAUCUAGAAUGCUUUGAACAUUUUUAGUUUACUUUAGCGGCGCUAUAGCGGGUUUUAUGUAUUAUAAAAUUACAAUUUCUUCCCUAACAUCUAAUUACGUAUGUUUUGCUCUUCCUCAAAUAUGCUUGUCGCCUUUUUGAGUUGUUCACACUAUGAUAUAUAUCACUUGUAAUCUAUGGUGCAUAAAAUGUCCUCUGAGAUAAAAGGAUUGUUAUGAUAUGUGUAGCGAUAGUUUAUGUGUGAGACGUACUCAACUGAAAGAUCUGGUGUUUGAAAUAUUCGGUACAAGUCGAGCUGUCGUGCCGACUUUGUUCGAAUAACCGACGGCUUUUGCACGAUUUUGUCAACUUUUCGCUUUUUGAUCGAGUUUGGCUAAAAGUUUACUCCACUAAUACUAUCCAUUGCACAGAUUAUCAAGUGAUGGGUAAGAGAGGGUUAUGAGUGCAGACAAGUGUCGAAAGUACGUACAAGUGUUGGUAUUCUCAUGGUAGGUACAAAGCUUAACAUAAUAUCAUUAUCUUGCACUAAACUAAAGCUACAAGUCUAAAUAUUUUACUUUUUGUGUAAGUAUCAAUAAACUAAUACCUACUGUGUUUAGAAUAUGAAGUUAUUAUUUAAUACGUAAAGAUGUAUUGUAACUUAGAGAUUAUAAUAUUAUCUAAACCCAGGGUGCUAUUGACUCGAGAAGGGUGUGUUGGGGGCCGGCGAUUCUCACAAUCAUGUCUGGCAAACAUUCUAAAACCCAAUUGACAUGAUAUCACCAAACCAUAUUUCAAAUUAUUGACAGUAUUGUUAUAGAGCCCCAUUGACAAAAUUGAGGCAUUGUCUCAUUGCUAAAGUGAGUAAAAAACAGAUCGAGCCGCGCCCAGCCCGCCGACACCCCGCACGGGACCUUUCGUGCAAACAGCUCUCGAAAUGCUGCAAGGACCAAUAUGUACAAGAGAGGUAGUACCUAAGUCGUAACUGAAGGUACCUUGACAGUCGGCAUUUACUCCGACAUCUAAUUAGUUGGUGUCUUACCACUGACUACGUAAUUGUUGUGCAUUACAUAUCAAAUCGCUUGAAACAGCAUGUUCUCAGUGUUGGAUAUUCACACACUUUGAGUAGAUACACAUGUCGGCUUCUUGAGCAAUCCCAGUGUAUGAUCGGCAUUUAAGAUAAUCACAUACAUGUUUGAUUCACUAAUAGCACCCUGCUCUCUGGCGUCUGUACACAGUUCAACGGAAUGUUGAGUACAACGUCAACUUUACUAUGAAUAUUUGGCUCUAACGCAAACGUUGCUUGUAAACUUAAAGAAUACAUUUUGUCUUGGCAAUUCAUUGUUCUGUGUAGUCAAUUUGUGAUUCCUUACAUCAUUUUCUUUACAAUUGACCUUCUAGUUCUGAUACUCUGUUUUAGAUUAAAAUUAUUAUAUCUAUUUAUUAAAUCUUUCUCCUCUCAA